AGUCAGAGGAAGAAGCCGAUGAUAGCAAUGAGGAUAGUGAUGAAGAAUAUGAAGAGGAGGAGUUGGAAGAUAGAAUAUAUGGACUUUCUGAAAUUAAAAACAUAGAGACAUUAUAUCACUUACCUUCGUCUGAUCGUUCUGAUCCAUCAAUUUUAGACUUUUCUGACCAUAACCCUUGUCCACUUCCUACUUCAGCUUUUGUUAGUGAAGCAUCCACCAGGUCAGAUGAUCUUAGUUCAACCUCCACUUCAUUAUCGACCUUCCUCCAAAUCAAAAAUUAUAAACGUAGAGAGAUCUAUGUUCCUCUACCUAAUUUAAGUAACCUUCCUCCACUAGUUGAGGUGGAUGACUUUGACUCUGAUGCUAAUGACGUAAUCGACGAAGCUAGGAGAUUGUCAAAGUUAAAAAAAGAAAACAAUAAGCCCUUAGAUGUCAUACGUUUGUAUAAUAUAGCUGGAAAUGCUUACCUUCAAGAAGACAGUAUUAAACCAGACCCCCGUGGAUAUAUUACUUACGUCUAA